GCAACGGAUCCUUCGACCAGCUUCGAAUUGUCGUCGCCUUUUCAACGUCAUUCGGCAAUUGCCCCACUCCCACCACCGCCGCCCCAUGAGCUUGUCUUCGUCCACACCAUCUACGUCUACUUCGUCGUCCGAGUGGACGCCUCCCCGCAAGAUUGAAGAACUGUAUGCCGCCGCCGCCGGCAACAAGUUUGCGUCCAUCAACUCUCCCGAAGCCGGCGCCCGUGUGCAGGAAGCGCUACCCGUGGGCUCGGCUUCGCUGCAACUUUACUCCUUGGGCACCCCCAACGGCAUCAAGGUGUCGAUUCUGCUGGAAGAGCUGGGCGUCGACUACGAUGCGCACUUCAUCAACAUUGGCGCCGGCGAUCAAUUCAAGAGUGGGUUUGUGGACGUGAACCCCAACUCCAAGAUCCCAGCGCUGCUCGAUCAAGACGGACCGGAUAGCGCCCCCAUCCACGUGUGGGAAAGCGCGUCCAUUGCAUUGUACUUGGCGGAGAAGCACCGCCGCUUCCUUCCCACGUCGCCGCGGCUCAAGGUCGAAGUCAUGAACUGGUUGUUUUGGCAAAUGGCUGGCCAGGGCCCCAUGACAGGCAACUUUGGGCACUUUUUCGUGUACGCGCCGGCGGACAAGGGCGCCGCACGGGACUACGGCGUGGCCCGCUACGGCAUGGAGACACAGCGGCUGUGCAGCGUCCUGGAUAAGCACCUGGCCGGCAAGACGUUCCUGGUCGGGGAAGAGUACUCCCUCGCGGACAUCAUCGUGUUCCCAUGGGCCCAUCACCUGGACACGGGGUACAUCCACACGCCGUCCAACGUUUCCGCCAAGGAGUUUUUGAGCUUUGACAAGUACACCAACAUCCACGCGUGGCUGGCGCGCAUCCGAAGCCGCCCGGCGGUGCAGCGCGGGCUCACGGUGUGUACGCAAGGGGUUGGCAAGCCCUGGCUUCAAUAGUUUAGUGGCAUUUUGGAAAAGAAAUUGUAGUAGUAGUAGUAGUAGAUGCAUUCUCUACUAUUAGUUCUCGACGCUGGAUGGUUGAAGAGGACUAACGAGAGUACGCUUGUGUUCACUGGCAGUUUGGGUUUCAAGUGGUUUGUCGACCCCGUACUAUCAAUAAUAUAGACUACGAAGUUAGUACUAUUAUCGUAGAUACUAACUAGUGUAUACUAUUAGUAGUACAGUAGUACUAGAAUUCCACAAUUAAUACAGUGGUAUUAAUUAUGUUGUG